CUGUCCAAAGGUUUCCAACAGCUCGUGUUUCCACUCACAACAAACAUCGGUUGGAAAAGUUGGUUAUGAUGAUAGAAACCUGCUUUUUCUCCCGGAAGCAGUUGACGUGUUGUGAGGAUGAGGAGGAGUCUGAAGUUGAGGAUGAACCGAAGACAGAUGCUGUCUCUGUCCCGAGAAACAUCCGGAAACUUCCAGAAAGAAGGAACGCUGAGAGUCGGACGACAAGAGAGAGCUCUCACUGACAGGUUCUGCCGUCUGAGGGGAAACCUGCUGUUCAUCAUGAAGAAACAGGAUGGUGAGCUAGAUGAGGUGUUACUGUUGGAGAGAUGUGAGGUUUUAAAGACUCCGGAGGAUAAUAGACGAUUGGCUGUCAGCUUCGAGAGCGGCGAUCCUCCCUUCUUCCUGCAGUUCGGCGGCUCUGCGGAGUGUCACUCGUGGCUCAUGGCGCUCAGAGACGCUAACACCGAAGCGCUGAGUCAACGCAUCACACACCUCAGCAACCUCAUCAACAGACACACGGCGGGGGAGACGAAGAGGACGCAAGAUGACAGAGGAGCUGGUGGAGCCGCAUCUGCUGCUGCUGCUGCUAAAGUAUCUCCACUGCACCUGACUGUCGACUGCCACGUUGUUGUUGCCGUGGCAGCGAGAGUUCACAUUCAAGUGUCUGUGAUCGACAUCCACAGUCACGCAGUCAGGAAACACUGCUGCACCGAGAUAGUGAAGGCUCCGGAUGACUCUGUGUUUCGAACAUCUGUGUGUUUCCGUGGCAACUACCCGAUCUACCUUGACAGCAGGAUCAAAGUCACCGUUCACCACGCAAAGGAGCCGAUGACACACACAACAGCUCAACUCAACAGUGCAGCAAAGCUUUGA